AUGACGGCUGCAGUUGAUACAUCCGUCUCCACCGGCCUUGGGUUGGCCGAGUUCGAUUUCGUGGUCAUCGGAGGCGGCACUUCGGGCCUGACGGUCGCCUCACGACUGACGGAAAACAAGGACAUCCGGGUGCUUGUGCUGGAGGCUGGCAAAAACCGCCUCGAUGACCCCAAAAUCACCAUUCCUGGCCUUGCCGCGAGCACAUAUUCCGAUCCGGAUUACGAUUGGUGCAUCACCAGUGAACCUCAGGUGCACCUGAAUGGCCGCUCUAUCGGCCAGCCCACGGCCAAAGUCCUUGGUGGCUCAUCGGCCAUCAACCUCGGCAUGAUCAUAUACCCAUCCCAGAGCGACUUCGAUUCAUGGGAGAAACUGGGCAAUGCCGGCUGGGGAUGGAAAUCCAUUGCACCGUAUUUCCGCAAGUUCCACACCUUCACGGAGCCCGAUGCGAAGGAGCUGCGCGAAGGGCUUAUGCUUGACUACAUGGUUGAGGGCGCACAGGGGGACAGUGGCCCGGUUCAAGUCUCGUUCGGCGGCACCGACGGGUCUGCACCAUUCAGCAGGGCCUGGCCUCGUGCGUUCAACGCCCUCAACCUGGAAAUGACCGGCGAUCCGGUCUCGGGCAAUGCAAGCGGUGCUUUCAAUCCCCCAGCGAACAUCCAUCCUGCCACUCGGGCCAGGAGCCAUGCCGGUUCCGCAUAUUUGACCGACGACGUUCUCCGCCGCCCCAAUCUGCGGGUGCUCACUGAAGCCCUGGUCGAGAAGAUCGUGGUUGAAAGGCAGCCCGAUGGAUCGUGCAGGGCAACCGGUGUCCGCUUCACGGCCAAAGACGGGUCCAGCCACCAGAUUUCGGCCAAGCACGAGGUUGCACUUGCUGCAGGUGCCUUGAAGACACCCCAGCUUCUCGAACUGUCCGGCAUCGGCUCCAAAGAACUGCUCGCAAGCCAUGGGAUCGAAUGCUUCGUCGACAACAAGCAAGUCGGCGAGAACCUCCAGGACCAUCCCACCGUGCCCGCCUCGUGGGAGGUCCGAGAUCCCACGACGUCGGGCGACCAGAUGCGCGAUCCCGCCGUUCAGCAGGCCGCGUUCGCGGCAUACCUCUCCACAGCCACAGGGCCGCUCUGUGUCGGCUCGACCCCGUCCUCGUUCCUCCCUCUCCUCGACCAGCACGUGUCCCAGGUCGACCUGUCCGACCUCUUCUCCGCCCACCUGGGCGAUUCCGAUUCCGACUCGGACCUGCCAGCCAGCCUCCGCGCCCAGUACGACGUGCUCAAAGCCCAGCUGUCGUCGCCGGGCAGCUCAUCGGCCCAGUACACCCUCGCGCCCUUCCAGAUCGCCCCCGCCGCCGGGCCUUCGCCAAAGGACUUCCUCUCCAUGCCCACGCCCGGGUGCUACGCCUCCAUCAUAUCGGUGCUGAACCACCCCUUCAGCCGGGGACGCGUGCACAUACGGUCCGCGGACCCGAGGGCGACGCCGAGGUUCGAUCCGCGGGCCAUGUCGCACCCGCUCGACCUGGAGAUGCUCGCGCGGCACCUGUUCUUCGCCGAACGGCUGCGCGCGACGCCGCCGCUGGCCGGCCUGUUCAAAGAGGACGGCCGGCGGAUCCACAACGGGGGGAGGGCCGUCGAGACCGUGGACGAGGCGCGAGAGAUGGUGAGGGAUGGGUACAUUCCGCACUUCCACCUGUGCGGAUCCGCGGCCAUGAUGCCGCAGGAGCUGGGAGGAGUGGUCGACUCGCGUUUGAACGUGUAUGGAGUCGGCGGCCUGCGCGUCGUGGAUGCCAGCGUGUUCCCGCUGAUUCCCAGAGGGAACAUCCAGUCUGACGUGUAUGCUGUAGCUGAGCGGGCAGCCGACAUCUUGGCCGAAGAUUGGGAAAGCAUGCGUCGGUAG